AUCGCCCUGGCUGCUGUCGGUUGGUGCGGGCUGGGAGCCGUCGCCGGACCUGCCGGGCGGAGAUCGCCCCGCUCUCGGGGUCCUCCAGAGCCAAGCCGGGGCGAGCAAGAGGGCUUGGGCAGGCGAGAGGCCGCCCCGAGACGGCUUCUGGACGGGCUUCGAGGCUGCCCUCUCUCCGGCGCCGGCAUCCUUCCCCGGGCAGCAGCGGCCGCUCCCCAUCCCAGCGGAGGCUGCUCCUCCGGCGCCCUGAAGGCCACUCGGGCUCUUCUCAGCUCCCCUCAGCCGCAUUUGCCGCCCUCCCUUCGCCAGGCGCCCCUCAGGUCCUGCCCUCUGCCUCCCUGCAAAGUUCCGCAGCAUAUUUUUGCCCCCCCCCCCGCCGCCCUGCCCCUUCCCAAAACCCAGGUCGGGAGUCUUCUCACCCAAGCUUUGCUGCUGGGCUUGCAAACCUCCCACCCUCGCGGGCGCGGGUGGCCGGAUGACUGCUGCCAUGCAAGCUGCGGAGCCGCUGCUCACCCCUACGGCCACCGCCACGGCGACGGCAAUGAAAGUGUCCGAGAGCGAAGGCAAGCUGGAGAUCUUGCUGCCGGCCCAGAACUGCACCAGCAAGAGCGGCAGUAGCAGUGGGAGCAGCGGCGGUUGCAGAGGAGUAAAUAGCACCAAAAGCUGGCAGUACAGUGAUCACAUGGAAAAUAUUUCUGGUUAUUUAAUGAAAUACACAAAUCUUGUCACUGGCUGGCAAUACCGGUAUUUUGUCUUAAACAAUGAAGCUGGCCUCCUGGAAUAUUUUGUGAAUGAACAGUCCAGAAACCAGAAGCCUAGAGGGACCUUACAACUGGCUGGAGCUGUGAUAUCACCUAGUGAUGAAGACUCUCAUACUUUCACCGUGAAUGCUGCCAGUGGAGAACAAUACAAGCUGAGAGCUGCUGAUGCCAAAGAACGACAGCAUUGGGUGAGCAGACUUCAGAUAUGUACGCAGCACCACACUGAAGCAAUUGGAAAGAACAAUCCUCCUCUGAAAUCUCGCAGCUUCUCUCUUGCAUCUCAAGGAAGUGGUUCUCCAGGAGUACAGAGAAGGCCCAGCCAAAAUGCAGUUUCCUUUUUUAAUGUUGGUCAUCACAAGUUACCAGGCGGGAAGAAAAUUCCUAUUCUGCAGCCAGACCAUUUAGCUGAAGUAAGAGAGAUGAUGUCUCAAGCUGAAGGACAACAGAGAGAUUUGAUAAGAAACAUUGAAGACCUUCCUGCCUCUGGUCACCUUUCUUCCUUAGACCAAGACCUUCUGAUGCUCAAGGCAACUUCUAUGGCAACAAUGAACUGCUUAAACGAUUGCUUCCACAUUCUCCAAAUACAGCACGUGUCACAGCAGAAGGGGUCCUUAAGUAGUGGGACAACAAUCAGCUGGUUGGAACCAAAGAUUUCCCUGCCAAACUUCAAAAAUGGAGCAGAUGAAAAUUUCACAACAGAGCAAAACAAGGCAUCAUCUGUCGGAGAGGAGCAAUCCAUUUCAGGUUUCAGUCAACUCACCAUGGAGCCCGAGGAAAUAAACCCUGAUGAAGAAGUGGAAGAUACCUGUGAUAAUAAAGAAGACGACCUUGGUGCUGUGGAAGAGCAGCGCAGUGUUAUUUUGCAUCUCCUCUCUCAGCUAAAGCUGGGCAUGGAUUUAACAAGAGUGGUUCUUCCUACUUUUAUUUUAGAGAAACGCUCAUUACUCGAAAUGUAUGCAGACUUCAUGUCCCAUCCCGACUUGUUCCUUGCAAUUGCGAAUGGCUCUAGCCCCGAGGAGAGGAUGAUCCGUUUUGUUGAGUAUUACCUCACUUCCUUUCAUGAAGGUCGGAAAGGGGCAAUUGCAAAAAAGCCUUACAAUCCAAUUAUUGGGGAGACCUUUCACUGCUCAUGGAAAAUGGCUAAGAGCCAAGUACCAUCUGACACAAACAGCAACUCUUCGUCUCAUUCCUUGUCCGAGCAAAUGACUGUCUUGGAAGAGCCACAGGGCCAAGCAGAGUCAGGCUGUUACACAGUCAAAUUUGUAGCAGAACAAGUGUCCCAUCAUCCUCCAGUCUCAGGGUUUUAUGCUGAAUGUGCAGAGAGAAAAAUGUGUGUUAAUGCCCAUGUCUGGACAAAAAGUAAAUUCCUUGGGAUGUCAAUAGGAGUUACAAUGGUCGGUGAAGGUAUUUUAAGUCUCUUAGAACAUGGAGAAGAAUACACUUUUUCUCUGCCUUGUGCAUAUGCUCGCUCAAUUCUGACUGUACCUUGGGUAGAACUAGGAGGAAAAGUCAAUGUCAAUUGUGCAAAAACAGGAUAUUCUGCAAGUAUUACUUUCCAUACCAAGCCAUUCUAUGGUGGCAAACUUCACCGAGUUACUGGUGAAGUGAAGCAAAAUUCUACCAACACUGUGGUCUGUAGAGUGCAAGGAGAAUGGAAUAGUGUCCUUGAAUUUAUUUACAGCAAUGGCGAGAUGAAAUGCAUGGAUUUGACAAAACUGACUGUGACAAGAAAACGAGUACGGCCCCUUGAGAAACAAGGGCCAUUUGAGUCUCGAAAAUUGUGGCAACAUGUGACAGAGUCCUUGAAGGAAGGGGACAUCGAUAAGGCGACAGAACAUAAGAAAGCAUUGGAGGAACAGCAGAGGAAUGAAGAGAGACACCGAGCUGAGACAGGAAUACCGUGGCAUACCAAGCACUUUCAAAAAGAGGGAGAUGGCUGGGUUUAUUAUAACCCUCUUUGGAAAAGAAUGCCUGCUGUACCAAAUCAACCCGUGGACACAAAUUAGAAGGCAUUUCUUCAAAAUGAUUCUUCUUUCUUGUCUAAUUCCUACAACUUCCAACAUGCUGUAUUUCCCCAGGAGUCCUUAGGGAUUCUUAUACAAUUGCACAAAUUAAGUAAGCAUAAAAGAAAUAAAACUGCUAGGGCACUUUAAAGCUGCAGAAAAUCAAAAGGUAGAAAUAAAGAGAACCUUGCCAGCUGUGUGCUUCUUUUUCACCAGAACUUUUAAUAUGGCUCUAAAGACUUUAUCUUAUCUAUUGUGUUCUUUCUAAGCACACCCUCCUGCAAAGCUGCCUAAGAUCUUAAAAAAAAAGACAUUCUCCUGUAAGCAGGAGCAUUCAGAGUGGCUAUGCUGUUUUGCCCAGAUUAAUUUUCCUCUGGAGAAUACCUGAACAGUUUUCAGAGUCUCUGUUUCAGUCUCUGCCCACUUCUGAACUUCAUUGCCCAUAUAAAGAGAAACCACCUUUUGCUGCUCUGAAUCCACACUGAAAAACUUGAAGAGGAGACUUUUCAGAAGCUGAACUUGGAAUCAGUGUUACGAACCAUCUGGAUCAGGACUUCAAAAAAUUACUCAUCAGUGGGAAUGCAUCUGUGUCUAUGGGAGAAUGAAUGAUUCAUGUCAACUGCCUUUUAAAAACUUUCUUGGAUAGAUUAGAAUUGCAACUGUGGGAUUUAGAGAAACUUGAGUUGACUCAAGUUGGCAGGGGGUUAGGGAAUACAUUUUUUUUUAAAAAAACCACCUUAACACCAGGUUAUUUCUUUCCUCAAAGACUGCUCUUAGUGGCUUCGUGUUGGAAAUGCCAUGAAGAUGUUCUGUCUCAUUUAAGACGAAGGCCUAGACUUAAAUAAUGCAACCUUUUAAAAAACUUGUAUUCGUUUCCUUUAACCUUCUUCCCUCUUAACCCCUUCCCCUUGGAUCGUCUUUUUGAAACAGAGAGUCAGUGUUAGACGGUCCAGGCAAGUGAUUUAAAUGGUCUUGUCUUUAUGUUCAAAGUCAUGCAUUUGUGGAUGCCCAGUGAUUAGACUGUCACUUUUGAUUUCUCUAUAAUUCCUGACAAGUCUUGUGUUUUUGCUAUGGGACUGCAUACAUAACCAAUUGCAAUCUGAUAUCAGGAAACAAUGUUCAGGUAAAAAUAUCCUUUGUUUUUUAUUAUACUGAUAUUUUAUUGAAGUCUAAGAAUUGCUGGCAAUUAAGAAUAGUACUGAUAAUGGCUUUCAUUAUUGUUACUGCAGUCUACCUUAAUUUUUCUAAGAGCGGUGCCUUACUCUGUUUCUUCUGAUGUAGUCUUCCAAUCAUUGUAUAUACCAUUAUUUGUCACCCUCUGGCCCUUGUCAACCGUGGGGCCUCUCCUGAUCAUGAAAAAUUAUGAACUCUGUGUGUGCUGGUCAAGUGGAGCCCCCCCCCCUUCUGUAUUAAGGGUAAAGAAUUUCAGAAUGCAUUGAAAAGUCUAAAUAACCAUAUUCAUUCCCCACAAAAUCUGGGAAUCAUACAGAAAAAGAAACGGGGGGGGGGGGGGGUAUGCAUACCUGUUGAGAUUUCCUUGUACAUUUUUUGCUGUGAAAUGCACUGAAUUCUGAGUUUACGAUUCCAUGUGUGAGAAGGGGGGGAGGGGAAUAAAAUUACCAACAUGAA